AUGCAUCUAUCCCAACUCAUCACAACGGCGGCGGGAGCGGUCGGUCCACGCCAGGCGGGCGGCGCCGGCGCCAUCACGGUCGACGUGUCCAAGACGUACCAGACCAUCGACGGGUUCGGCUUCAGCGAGGCGUUCCAGCGGGCGUACAACAUCUACAACCUGGCGGAGCCCAAGCGGUCGCAGCUCGUCGACCUGCUCUUCAACACGACGUCGGGCGCCGGCUUCAGCAUCGUGCGCAACGGCAUCGGCAGCAGCCCCAACAGCUCCAACGACUGGAUGAACACUAUUAUCCCUGCCGGUCCGGCCAGCCCCUCGGCCAACGCCACCUACGUCUGGGACGGCAAGGACUCGGGCCAGCUGUGGGUGUCGCAGCAAGCUGUCAAGUACGGGGUCAAGACGUUCUACGCGAACGCAUGGUCGGCGCCGGGAUUCAUGAAGACGAACGGCAAAGACUCGAACGGCGGCUCGCUCUGCGGAGUGACCAACGCAAAGUGCAGCAGCGGCGACUGGCGGCAGGCGUAUGCUGAUUACUUGGUCAAGUAUAUCCAGUUCUACCAGCAAAGCGGGGUGAAUGUUACCCAUCUGGGCUUUCUCAACGAGCCUGACUUUAGCACCAGCUAUGCGUCAAUGCAGUCGAACGGGCAGCAGUCGGCCGAUUUCAUCAAGGUGCUGUAUCCCACGCUGCAGUCGGCAGGGCUCUCGAGCGUGGCCAUCACGUGCUGCGACGCCACGGGGUGGACGGCGCAGGCGACCAUGACGCGGGCACUCAAGGACGCGGGGGUCGAGGACCUGAUCGGGGUCAUCACGUCGCACCCGUACACGAGCGCCAUCUCGGGCACGCAGCCGACGAGCCGCAAGGUCUGGGAGUCGGAGUACUCGGACCUCAGCGGGUCGUGGUCGACGGCGUGGUACUCGGGGGGGAGCGGCAGCACGGGCGACGGCUACACGUGGGCGAACAACAUCUACACGGGGCUGACGUCGGGCAACUUGAGCGCGUACCUAUGGUGGGUGGCGACGCAGGACAAGGCCACCAACAACAACAACAACGAGAAGCUGGUCCUGGUCGACGGCGGCAGCUACUUCGUGUCCAAGCGGCUGUGGGCGUUUGCCCAGUACAGCCGCGUCGUCAGGCCGGGCGCGGUGCGCGUGGGCGUGUCGGGCGCCACCAGCCUCAAGCUGACGGCCUUUGUCAACGCCGACGGCACGGUGGCGGUCGUCGCCAUCAACUCGGGCACGGCGGCCGCGGCGGUGACGGUCGCGGGCGUCAAGGCGGGGGCUGCCAAGGCCUGGAUCACCGACGGGACCAACGACAUGGCAUCCGUGCCGGCCACCGUCGCCGCCGACGGCACCGUGGGCGGCGUGUCAGUGCCGGCGCGGGGCAUGGCGAGCUUCGUCCUCACGGUGGCUGGAUAA